CGCGGCAAUAGGACUUGUGUCUGUUUGGGAGUAGUGCUAGAACGAUCAGGAGACGGGAGGAUAAGUGGAUCUCGCAGGUGGGUCGGACUCGAGGCAAGAGCUACUGUUUUCCUUUCCCUGCCGCCUUUACAAGCUAGGGAAAGUAUGUUAGCAACAGAGAAAACUCCACCCAGCGAGAUCAGGCUCAGAGCAGGAUGCGAGAGAGCCUCCUUUCUGCAGGAAUAAUUUUACAAGCUUGGUCGGCUGAAAGGGUUGCCUGCCUGGCUGAACUCUCUUAAGCAGGAAGAUGUAUCCAUUUGGCAAAGAGGAAUCUGCGUCCCUGGAGCGGCUCUUCUGGUUUUUCUGCGAAUGUGUGCAGAGGGGAGACUGGGAACUUGCACAGGCCUGUAUUCCUCAGUUACAUCAGUGGAAGGAGGAAGGCUCUGAAAAAGUGGAAACGAUCCUACAUGCUCUAGUAGUCUGCCCUUUCCGUUUGAGGUGUGGAGCAAACCACAGUCCUCAAAAACUUGCUUGGUUUUGGCUUCUUGUGUUGCAGAAGUGGCUAGCGUGGGAACAGAAACCUCUCCCUGCAGCCCUCCAGAAAGAAACUGAAUUCUUACUUCUCUUAGAAGAACUGGAAAAGGAUGUCCCCCGUGCCGUUCUAAAGGAGCUAUACGAAGCUUUUCAAGACAGGCACACGUUGAGUAGCAGGCAAAGGGAUGGAUCCAUACAUAAAUUUAGUGUGGAGGUGCUCUCUGCUCUCCGAAAAAUGCUCUUGCAGGCUCCUCGGAGGCUGCAAGCCAUGUUGGAGCUUCUCCAGAGAGAGCCUGCUGAAGGUGGCUCUUCACUGGCACCCAGUUUCUCCCUGCAACACAUCUUUAUUGGCUUUCUUUGGGACUCCCUAAAAGUUUUGAAGCGUCUGCAGCUAAAUCCAGAAUUAUCGAAAUCAGAUUGGAGUGAGGCUGUAGAUGAAAUCUAUCAUGCCCUUAGCCUGUUGAAUUUGGACGUGGAGAAUCAGAGCGGAGAGCUGCGCCUUCUCUUCAGGGAGCUUCUGGAUGCUUGUUGGGCGGAACGGAGCCCACUGAGGGAAGAACGGCUGCUCAGCUGUCUGCUGAGGAAAGGUAGCUGUGCCUUGCUCAGUCUGUUCGGCAGCGUGUUUGUUGAGAAGACGAGAGAGAAACUGCUGGGGCUGAAGUCACCGGGCAAAGGUACAUCUGAACAGGUGGAUGCUGAGCGGGCAGUGAUGGCAUUAUUCUUGGAUCAUGAACAGGCUUAUUCCUGGAAAGCUGCCUAUUUCUACUGUCUUAUCAGCAACAAACACUUUUUGGAACAAAUUCUGAUCACGGCAUUAACUUUAUUGAAAAGGGAAGACUUCUCCAGCCUCAGCAGUUUACUGAGGCAGGAAUUCAGCCACCUCAGUCGUCUCCUCAUAUUGCUAGGAUGGACUCAGUGUCGCAGUUUAGAAUCGGCAAAAAUGCUGCUGUGGACUCUUCACAAAUCUCAGGGACUCCAUAAUGACUCGGUAUUGAAAGACUUCUGUGAUGGCCUGUGUGCUCAAGUGGAUGUUCUUGAGUGGUGUAUACAGCGGAACAGUAAUAUUAUCCCAGAGAAGGUUCUUCUGCAGCACUUACACAGUCUGGAGUGCCACUCUUCCCUUUACCUUCUCCACCAUUUUACCAAUCUCUUGGCCCUGAAUGAAGAAGAGGUCGUCGAACUUCUGCAGAAAAGUCCAGUCAGGGACAUAGACUUUCAAGAUUCAAUAGUGAUACCAGCUUCCAGUCGUUUGAGUCAGCAGCGCAAUCUUGUUCUUUUCCAGGCAUUUUGUGCCAUGAAAUAUGCCAUCUAUGCACUUUGUGUCAAUGCACACAGGGAUUCAAAUUGCAAGGACUGUGCAAGCUGCUUUGUCAGUGACCUCCCUGAUGAGCUGCCUGAUCAAAACAAACCUGCAGAUCAACCUCUCUACCCAGAUUAUGUGGGUCUCUUUGCUGAGUAUCUUGCCAAGUGUCAGCAUUUUUUAAGGACUGUUCCUGUGCCUCUACGCCUGGAGCUCCUGGAGAACAUCUUCUCCUUGCUCUUUAUCUCUUAUAGCGACCUCGGCGGUGAUGAUCUCCACGAGGAGGGGAACCCAGAAGAUGGUGGCUUCGAGAAAAAGAGCUGGGCUGCAAGGAGACUAGAGCGUUGUGCUAGCCAAGGUUCUUCCACUUCAGCAAGCCCUCAGCACUCUGCAGGGCCAAGAAGGAGGCCCGCCAUGCACACGGUCGCUACACCUCAGGAGCCUAGCAGCGUCCAGAUGCUGCUCAAUUCGGAAUCGGAUAGGAGCAACUGCACUUCCUUCAGACGGAGCUAUCUGGAUUUGAAGCAUCUCACUGCUGAUAUCCACGGAUUUUUAGUGGAUGAUGUAGCAAUGGAGAUCUUUCUCGAAAUGCUUCUGGACCAUCUGAAAGAAAUAGAGGGUUCUUCCCCAUGGGAUUCUAGGCAUGUACCUCAGGAGGAGCUGGCACUGCUGGACUGCAUGAAUUUAUCUGUCAAUAGAGACAGUUUUGGUUGCCGGGUGCAGCUGUUCUCCAAGUAUCUCUCUGAAGCUCAGUGGCGGUACAAAAUAGUGCUGAGCAACAGAAAUGCAGGUAAUCAAUGUACUCCCACCGGAACCUCAUGUAAUUUAACCAAAGGGUCCAACUUGAAGAGGCAGAUUCGAUCUCAGAGACAAAGGCCAGAUUGCAAGAAGGGAGUCUCAGGGUCGUUGGAAGAGAGCGCAAGUAGUGAACUAAGUAUCACCAGUGCAUCAGAAGGAAGUGCUAGUACGCUAUCUGACUGGAGUGAUGUAGAAUAUAGGUUAAAGCCUCAAAAGAACUUCCUCAUCCCAAUGAUGCUUUCCCCGCCAGAAUCUCUUCUUGUUGCCUGUAUCUUAAGGGGAAACUACAUAGAAGCUCAUCAGGUGGCUAUUAUGUUUAAUUUGGAGUCUUCUGCUUCCUAUGGUGAGCUAAUUUUCUUGGAGCGUAACCAAGAAGUGAUCAGGGAGCUGGCAAAAGUGGAACACAAGAUUGACCAUCAGUCGUCUGAGGGAUCUGGAAACCUCAAACAGUCUGGCAGUGGCCGUUCUACACUAAAGGCUAUUGGGAAUGCGGCAGCUGCAGGUAUGGUGUUUUACUCCAUCUCAGAUGUUACCGAUAAGCUGCUUUCCCCUUCAGAAGGCCUCGUGGUCCCUAUGCUUCAAGAGAGCUUCUGGGCCAGCAGUAUUCAGCUGGAGCAUGCCAGCCCUCUGAGCAAUGUCCUGGAAGGCCUCUGCCCCUCCGCUAUGGCCAUAUUUGACUUGGCAUGUACUCAGUGCCACUUGUGGAAAACCUGCAAGCAGCUCUUAGAAACAGCAGAGAGAAGGUUGUAUAAUAGCUUUGAAAUGAAGGGCCGAAGACUUGAUUCUGUUCUGCAGUGCUGUGAGGGCAUGAGAGGUUUCCCGGCAGUUCUUCAAGAAAUAAGUAAAAUUGUCAAUACAUCACAAGGGCAGCCUAAAUCAGAAAUCUCUGAUGAGAAAAUAAGUAGUCACUUCCAUUGCAGCAUUGCUGAUCUGCUCCAGACUUGUUACCCUGCUGUGACUGAAAAUUGUAUCACUAAUCAGAUUGUUUUAUCACAGCACUUUGACCAAAUCCUGCAAAAUCUGGCACAUGUAGAAGAUUUUUCAGAUUCCAAAGGAAAUCUGCUUGCCUCGUUAGUAGAACAGGCUUCUUUGAAACCUGCUGAAUUAGAAGUACAUCCAGUUUAUAAAGAAAUCAAACUUUUGCUGAGAACUUUGGACCAAUAUGCUAAUACCAUGCAGGAGAGCCAUGUGCAGAAUGUCUAUGUACAAAGCUUCUUUGAUUAUAUCAACAGGCUGGCUGCCAUUGUCUUCCGAAGUGUCACUCCAGAACUAGAUCAAUCUGCAGAAGUACGAGUUGGAAAUCCUUUCAUAUUAUUACAGCAGACCCCUUGUCAUUUGCUGUCCCAACUUCUGUUUGAGAAACAGGUUGUUCCUGACAGGUUGUCUUCAUUGCUGGCCAAAGAAGAAUUGAACUUAAAUGUGCAGCAAGUGAUCAUUAACUGUUGCUGUAAGCCGUUGCCCCUGUGCAAUACCAGGCAAAACAGCCAGACCAGGUCCCUUUUGACCAACAUUAGUAGUCUAGCACACCUGCAUGCGUAUCAUUGUUUGCCUGAUGUUGAGGUGCCAGUCCAUAAUCCAGCCAUGGACUCCGAGGAUGCUUCCAGCCAUCCCUCGCCCUCUCUGCCUGACCAGAACCAGCAUAUGCUCACGGCCUCCACCCUCAAUUUCCUGAAGUCCCAGUCAAAACUGACAGCUACCAUGGCUUGUCUCAGUGCAUCAAAGGUUCAGAAACCCCCCAAGCAGAGCCUUUCAUGGAUGGAGUUCCGAGGCAAGCGUGAAGGGCCCUUGUCUAUCGAGCAAAUUUCCAAGGAAUGCGAAGCCCUGCUAAAGGGGUUCCCGUUUCUGGAGCGCUUUUUACUUGUCAUGUCCGAGCCCCUGCAGGACCCUCAGGAUGAGGGGAACGGCUUGGCUAGUGGACUUUGUGGCAAGUCUUACAUCUCUUUGCUUUUCCUGGGAUUGCAUUCUGUCAUGGCUGCUGAGGCGUUAAUGGAGGUCUUUGAGCACGCGCUCACGGCAGGGGAUUGGCCCAGAGCCUUGAAGGUCUUGGAUCUCUACAGCCAAGAUAUGGAAGAGCUCAUCACUGUGCGAGAUGCUGUGCUCAGUUGUGCCACUGCUGAUGGUAAGGAAGGUUGGCAGUACUUGUUCCGAGUGAGAGAUGCCAUGCUGAGGAGCAGAUUGUCCCUGCGCUGUCUGGAUAGGUGGCCCUUGGAGGCUUGCUUGGAAAUCUUAGCCUAUUGUGCCUGUGACCCAGAGGUAUCUGAAGAACUCAGAUUGGAUCUGCAGAGCAAAACAAGAGAGCUUCAGGUUUAUCAAAAGAUUCUUUGUCUACAAGAUGUCCCAGUGUGGCACGACUGGCAGGACCUGAAAAGAGCUUGUACUGAUGAUUCCCAGGCUAUUAUACAGAUGAUUCUGGAAGCAAAGGAUUAUGAAUUAUGUGAAGAAUGGGGAAAUUUAUAUUCCGUUCCAAGAGAUCAUUUAAUCAGCUUUCAUCAAGAGCACCUCCUCCAUUUGUUGGAGAUGGGAGACAUGGAAAAGUCUUUGCAGCUUUUGCAAAGGAUAGAAGAUCCAGACAUCCAGCUUGUCAUAACUGAACAGUGUCUUGAUAAACACCCCAGCUUGGCAGCUUCUCAUUUUCUCGCAGAUUAUCUCACAACAUACUUCUAUAAGCACUUAACGAUUAUGCGCCAUAAUGAAAUUCAGGCUCUUUACAUGGGAUCAAAGGUAUUGCUGACCCUUCCUGAGCUUUACCGUGCUAGCUACUCUCAUUUAUCCUGCAAGCCGCUGCUCAUGCUGGAACAGCUCUUGAUGAACAUGAAAGUGGAUUGGGCAGCAGUCGCCAUACAGACAGUGCACCAGCUCUUGGUUGGGCAAGAGAUAGGUUUCUCUGUGGAAGACGUUGAUGCUUUGCUCUCCAAGUAUGCUGGGAAAGCCCUCGACUUCCCUUUCUCAUUGAAAGAGAAGAGAUCAGAUUCUUUGAUUCAGAUUCCAGAAAGUCUGUAUCGGGGCUCGGAGUCUGAGACCUUGUCCAAAUCGGAAUCAUUAGAAAAAUUUCCAGCUACUUUCCCUGAUACACCGUGUUCUUCCAGCCCACGAGAAAGAAGCCUGCCGCAAACUGUCUCCCUUCAGGAGUUUGUGCCACCAGAGAAGGCCCCGCCAAAACAACAAUGGAUUCCAGAUGAAACUGAAGUCACAUGUAUGGUCUGCAAAACUGAACGUUUUACCAUGUUUAAUAGACGACAUCACUGCAGACGUUGUGGGAGGCUGGUGUGCAGUUCCUGUUCUACUAAGAAAAUGGUGGUGGAAAGUUGUCGGGAAAACCCAGCCCGCGUGUGUGACCAGUGCUACAGUUAUUGCAACACGGAGGGUUCGACAGUAUUGUCCCAGGAUACAGAAAUUUCAAAAGAGAUGGAUCAGGAUCAAGAAGAAGGAGAGGACUCUGAGGAUGUAUGUUCAGAUUAUUCUGCAGUAGUUCAGGUACCAAAGAUGGCAGAACUCGAGUGGCUUCUUUCUUUGAGGGAAGAAGAAAACGAAAUUGUGCGUGGCGAGUUCUUUUACGAACAGGCUCCCAGCGCUUCCUUGUGCAUUGCCAUCUUGAAUCUGCACUCGAACAGCAUUUCCUGUGGUCACCAGUUGAUAGAACAUUGCUGCCGACUGUCCCAAGGCCUGACAAACCCUGAAGUGGACGCAGGUCUCCUCACGGAUAUCAUGAAACAGCUGCUUUUCAGUGCCAAAAUGAUGUUCGUAAAAGCUGGAAGGAGCCAGGAUCUAGCUCUUUGUGACAGUUACAUAAGCAAAGUGGAUGUGCUGAACAUUUUAGUAGCGGCUGCCUAUCGCCGUGUACCAUCUCUGGAUCAGAUACUGCAGCCUGCCGCAGUCACUAGGCUAAGGAAUCAACUUUUAGAAGCAGAAUACUAUGAACUAGCCGUAGAGGUUUCUACGAAGACUGGCCUGGAUCCAGCUGGAGCGUGGCAUGCAUGGGGAAUGGCUUGUCUUAAAGCUGGCAACCUAACUGCUGCCAGAGAGAAAUUCAGCCGAUGCCUGAAGCCACCUCUUGACUUGAACCAAUUAAAUCUGGGGUCAAGAAUGGUCCAAGAUGUGGUACAAUAUCUGGAAUCCACAGUGAAGCCCAUUCUCUCUGUGCAGGAUGACGACUACUUUGCCACUUUGAGGGAACUGGAAGUGGCAUUGAGGACACGAAGCCUCUCUCUGGAGAUGACCCCUGAGGGGAAGAUUCAACACAACACUUACUACCAAGAGUGCCUCUUUUAUUUACACACCUAUGGCACCAACCUAGCAAUUAUUAGUUUUUAUAUGAGGCAUGACUGCAUGAGAGAAGCACUGCUGCAUUUGUUAAAUAAGGAGAGCCCGCAGGGAGUGUUUAUUGAAGGGAUCUUUGCUCCAAGCUACAAAAGUGGAAAACUUCACAUGUUGGAGAACUUGCUUGAAACCAUUGAUCCAGGCCUGGAGAGCUGGGGUGUCUAUCUCAUUGCAGCUUGCAAACACUUGCAGAAGAAGAAUUACUACCACAUUUUGUAUGAAUUGCAGCAAUUUAUGAAGGAUCAAGUCCGUGCUGCUAUGACCUGUAUCAGAUUUUUCACUCACAAAGCCAAGUCUUACACUGAAUUAGGUGAAAGGCAGAAAUGGCUCUUGAAGGUCAAAGACCACCUCAAAAUUUACCUUCAGGAAGUUUCACGGAGUUCUGGAAGAAAAAAGGUUACAUGCACUUUCCGUAAGAAGAUGCAUGCUCCUGAUGUGUCAAGGCAUAUCAAUACAGUUGAACUUCAGAUGGAAGUAACAAAAUUCCUCCAUCAGUGUGAGAAAUUGGGGGCUUCAUCUGUAGCUGCUACGUCUGUACCCACACUCUUUGGAAACAAUCAAAUGAAGAUGGAAGUAGCUUGCAAGGUCAUGUUGGAAGGCAAAAACAUUGAAGAAGGCUUUGGGAUUGCAUUCAGAGUCCUACAGGACUUCCAGCUGGAGGCUGCUACUGUAUACAACAAAGUGGCCAGACAACUAGUGAAGCAGCAGAACUACAGUGAGAUCAGACAGCUCCUCAAAUGCAUCAAGGAAUCCGGGGCUGCAGAUAAAAAUGAUGGGGACAACGUCAUCCUAAACUGUCUGGAUGAGUUUGAUUCUAUUCCUGCUGAGGAACUGGACAAUCUGAUCCAGGAUAUGGACAGUGAUGAAAACAAGAUCCAAGCAUACUUGAGAUGCCACAAGCUACGUUCUGCCUACCUGGUCUCUGUGAAACAAGAAAAUGCUAGAGCUGUGCAGUUGGUCCAACACGUACGGCAGUUGGCUGAGGACAGCGGGGAAGAUGUGGUGCAGGCUAUUUGCACUCAGUGGCUUUCAGUGCACCACACCAAGCCAAGAAGCUGGCUCACCCAAAGCACCAAGAAAUGACUACCAGCAAGCGGGUGGUAGUUGCGGGUUUGCUUUCUAUAAAGGGAAGACUCUGGAAUUGUGCUGAUCAGCUUAACCUGUGUAUGGCAGUGAGUUCGGAAGGAGCUGCUCAGAUGCCUCUAGUGAAAGGGAAAGGAGUGACUUCCUGAAAGUGCCAAUAAUGUCCUGUAGACAACCAACUACCUCUAUCUCAGGGUGUUCUCGUUCUCUCUCCCUCUCUGUGUGUGUGUGUGUGUUUAACGUUUCAGUCUUGCUUCAGCUGUGUAUUCUUUUCUUACCAUUUAGACUUCUAUCCAGGCAUUAUGGUAGUAGUUCAAAACCCACAUCAACCAAGUCUAGUUGGAAGCCUAAUGUCUUGUGAUUUGAUGACAAGAAAUAUUACCUGACUCUUAUCCUGCCAGAAAACUGAAUUGCGGAGGAAUGCACAUUUUUUCAUUCUGGUGGAUAUGAGCAAUUCUUCAUAGCUGUUUACCCUUUAAAAUUGAACACAUGUCAUUCUGUUAGGUGGAUAUGGUCCUUUCCCACUAACUUUAGUUGAAGAGUGCAGUGAUAACGGGCACACUCUCCUCCAGUGAAAUGGACGUCGUGGUCGGCCUCAUUUGUGUCGCGUGAGUGCUGUGUCACAACCACAGACAUUCGUAACGCUUAGCUCAUUGGAUCUGGUGUCCAGAAAUAGUUUAGAGCUUAAGUAAUUGGGAUGACUACAUUUAGCUUCCACAGUCUCCCACCCCCCAGAUUUUGAAGCUUUAUCCCAUUAGGAAUUUAAAGCUUACAAAAGCUGCUUUUGCUGUCUGUUCAGAACUAAACUUCCACUUUGUCCCAGGUGACAGUCUUUUCUGACUGAAUGUGGUACUGAUAUGCUUUUCUCUGGAGUGUGGGUGGGAGAUGAGGGUAGUAGUAAUUCUGCAUUUUAAGUUGCUUUUGUUUUCAGGUAGCUGCAAACCAUGCUGCACAACUGAUCUCGUCAAGCUCCUCUCAGAAGCAUCUCUGCAGAGGAGGAGGAAUAGAACUUGCUGUGUUGAAGAGCCCUAGACGGUUAUUCUGUGUUCCCCUUUGCACUGUACUUUAUGCACUUUACAUUAUUUGCAACUCAAAAUUCCUUUGGGGCUUACGCCAAGGAUCCCUUUCUCACCAGCAAAACCUGUCCUAGACAUUGUCUUGCAUCACAAAUAUUGCCACUGAUAAGUUCAAAAUCUUUUGAAGCACAAAUGUGUACUUCCUCAUCACGAGCUUACAAGGAACAAAAAUAAAAUGUAU